UUGGACACGGUCUCGUUCGGAUCGUUCCAUGUUUCGUUUCCUUUUUCUCGUUUUUUUAAAUUUUGAUCACGAAUGAUUUGUUUUCUGUCGCACAGUCAAGUGUCGAUUAAAACGCACUGGGAUUACUUCAGCUACGAGCAGACGAACAUAAAAAACAAAACACGAUCGCACUUUCUUGCACCGACCACGCUGUGCCAAACUCUAAGACGGAUUACAAUUUGAGACAAUUCAAACAGUGAAUCAAACAAGAAACAAGUUGUUGUGUAAUUGUGGUUGAAGGUUGUUGUGUGUGUGUGUCCUAUCGAGGAGAAAAAAGCGAAGGACGCGAGUUUCUAGAAGUCUCUGUUCUAAUCAUUAACAUUUGCUUAAUUUUGUGUGUGUCUAUGUGUCUGCUGGCAGCGCCAUUGCUGAAAACGUGGUGGGUGUAGGACAGACAAAAUUCCAAAGCCGAGAAGAAAAGAAAGAAUUAACGUUGUUUAUUUCUUUACGUUGGUCCGUGAAGUUGCUGUUUUUUUUUUUUUGUUUUUAAAUAUUUCUCUCUUGUCCGGGCGAGGUAAAGUGAUGUGUAGUGCGGAAGUGAUUGCUCCUUGUCGACGCGGAAGAGAAGCCGCACGCAUCAAUCACACGCGAAGAGAUGCGUAAAUUCCGGCUCGUUGCCGCAUUGGGUCGCCAGCCGACGCAACAACAACAACAACAACGAGAGGUGGGAGUAAUAGCAAAUGGCAACGGUGUUAGUGUCGCCAAUGGUCCGGAGACGGCCGCUUCGCUCUUAGCUGCCGGUUUGGACGCUCGAGCCGCUGAAUUGGCCUCGGCCACUCCUCUGCAGCGGGCCGCCGCCGAAGGCCACGUCGAUAUCGUCCACCAAUUGCUCAAGCACGGAGCUGACGUCAACCACCAAGAUUCGCUGCACGGGAACAGCGCUCUGCACGAGGCGGCCUGGAGGGGUUACUCGCAGACGGCCACCAUCCUGUGCCGCCAGAGGGCGAAAGUCGACGCCGUCAACCGGGCCGGCUUCACGCCGCUUCACCUUUGCUGCCAGAACGGUCACAACGAAACGUGCAGGGUCUUGUUGUGGGCCGACGCCAAUCCCGACGCUAAAAAUCACUAUGGUGAUACUCCGCUGCACACGAGUGGUCGCUACGGUCACGCGGGAGUCAUGCGCAUCCUGGUCAGCGCUCAGUGCAACGUUUCGGAACAGAACAAGAAUGGAGACACGGCGUUACACAUCGCCGCCGCCAUGGGACGGCGCAAACUGACGCGCAUCUUAAUCGCCGCUGGCUGUUCGACCAACGUCAAAAAUAAGCAAGGAGAGUAUGCGGUGGAUAUUGCCCGCCGGAAGGAAUUUCACGAGAUUGUUAGCAUGCUUGUCAAAUCCCCCCCUAAGGCGUCGGCCAAUGGCGGCUCCCGAGGCACUCACGCUCACGAUCGAAGUAAAAGCAGCAGCACCAAAUCGAAAUCGAAGAGGGUCAAGCCGGACAGCGCCACCGCUUCGAGCAAGGACGGCAGUCGGAGUAACUCGUCCAAACCCAAAGAAAGGAAAAGGAGGAAAGAGAAACACGGAUCGGCCGGCGAGAAGACGUUGAACGGCCACGUGGUCAAUUCGCCUUACGGAUGUCACGACAAUCCGGAACUGGCCAAAUUGCUGCACAAGAAGCUGAACGCGCUGCCGGACGAGCCGCUCAAACAAGGCGAGCAGUACUUCCUGGACUUGGCCGGCAAUAUACAGAAAGGUCCGGUCGGAGUCCCGACGUGCUACUGCGGACCGGUGCUGCACCGUCUCGAAUGCCGGCUGGCCAAAGAUAAACAAGAAAUUCUACACCGACUCGAUUCCGCUCAUUUGAGACUGGACGCCAAAAUAGACGGCCUGGAACGUAAAACCCAGCAACAGUUGCAGGGCUUGCAACGCACCGUCGACAGCCUCGGGCUGGAGAGCAGCGCCGCCGGAUUGCAGCGGGUGCGCAACAGCAUCGUCAUCGACGAUCCUGGGCACUCGACGCCGCCCUUGCCCAACUGCCUGGAACUGGUCAGCGAUUCGGCCACGUCGCACUCUCAUCGCGACUCGGACGACCCGGCCCAGCCGUCGCAACGGACCCACCAGAAGAGAGGGGCGAAAGCGAAGCCGGUGGAAGCCGAUCAAGUCCAGCAGCCGCAGCAGACGGGCAACGAAGUCCAGUACACGAUGGACAGAUUAGGGCUCGAUUCGGGCGUGCAGGAGUCGUCCAGCAACAAGCAGCAAGCCCUGCAAGCGCUGAAGAAUCGGCUGGCCUUGACGCGCAUUCAAGAGCAGCUGGAACUGGACGCCAUUGUUGAGCACUAUGAGCGACGCAGUCACGGCCACUACAACGGCAAUGGCGUCGUCGUCGAAGACGCCCAAGAGGACGAAGAAGACGACGAGGACGACGACGAGGAAUCGGAAGAGUCUGAAGACGAGGACAUCAUUUUGCCACCGCCGGCCAUCAUCAGUUCAGACAAAGCGUCCAUGCUCUCUGAUUCCAGGUAUGAAAACUACGAUUAUCCGGCGUCCAUUACGAAACCACUGCCGUCGUACGUGAUGGCCGGCCAGGAGCCGCACCAACCAAGCGCGGUGGCUAACGGUUCCGGCGUGUUGACUUACCGCAAUUUGCCCUUACCGCGUUACCAUCUGGACACGACGACCGGAUCAUCGGGUACGGCCGAAGCGACGGCCAUUCAAAUGUUGAAUGGUGUGACGGCCGCGACGACGGUCGUCGAUAUCCAUCAAGCAAAUCAGCCGGAUCACCCGGCCAAUAAUUUGCUCGGCGUUAUCAUCGAUCCGGUACUCUACGCCCGCCAUUUUGCCGGCCAUAAUCAUCACGAUUUACGAGUCUAUCACGACGAUCAAGAUCGUCAUAACGAUUCCGGUUACAGCACGCGGCCUGGAGAAAGUUCACAAGGGCCGUCACCUUCUCUUUCGGUUGUUUCAGGGCCAGCUGAAUCGACCGAAGGGGACAACACGGCCACGCUCAGCCCACGAUCGACCCGUCGAAUGGAGAAUUUCCAGUCGCAUUUUGCACGUGAUUUGGCCCAGACGUUGCCCGCCAUGACAAACGGUUCGUCUACCAAUGGCUAUUAUCACCAUCAAAAUGGCAAGAACGGGGUAGUGGCCUACCCUCGAGUAAGGUUCGCCGUUCCAGACCAUGAGCAAUCUCAUUUCCCACCCGGAACAAUCAGCUCUUCGAGUUUGGUGUGAAAACAAAAAACAAAAGAUAAUUGAACAAA